UGGCAAAAUAAUUAGAUGCGUGUGCGUGUUCGAUUUCCCUUAAAAAAUAUGAUAACAAAAUCUGGUUUGCUAGGUUCGUGCGAAGUGUUCUUCGAAGAAGGUCGGCUCUAAAAUUCAAUAGUAAAAACAAGAUGACUUUGUGGGAGCAACUUCAGUCGCUGCAAGGAGAAGACCAGGCCAAAAUUGGUGAACUUCUCGGGAAGUAUGCCGUUGAGCUCGAGGUUCAAUCCCAUUUGGCUGCCUGGCUCGAGCACCAGCCCUGGGGUGAAGCUAUUGAUGGUAAUGUGCCUGAACAAGAGCAAAAGGCACAAGAGCUUUUGCAGAAUCUUGUGGAAGCUCUCAGACAGAAGGCUAAGCAGGUCACAAAUGUUGGAAGACCAUUGGAGUCAAUGAUCUUAGUAAAUAAACUAAAUGAGAUUGCUAAUAAUGUGGAGAUGAAAUAUCGCAAUAACGUGACUGGUCUUGCUAUGACAAUAAAUCAACUUUUGUUUGAAGAAUCACAACUUCUUAUGAUGAGUCAGGAGCAGUUGGUUGAUGGCAUGGAUGGAACUGAUGAAGCCCGACAAUCAGAGUUCAUUGCCACUGUGCUUACACAGAAUUCCCAGGAAAUGGAAAACGUUGUCAAAAAUUUAGAACAGGAGAAAGAAAGUUACGUUAUCCAAUUUGAGGAGACACGAAACAAAAUUGUCUUACUGGAAGGGAAGUACCGGGAACUUCAAAAUAGUACAAUUGGAGAACCAUCCAAGAAAGAGGAGAGUUUGCGGCAGUGCAAGGGGAAUAUGGAGAAAAUGUGGGCCUCCAUAAAACAACAUGCAGAAGAGUUGCUUUCUCGGCGAAAUGAUGCCAUAGAAAAGCUUAAGAUACAACUUGAGCAUUUUCAAGAGUAUCAAAAAAGCGUUCUCAAUGAGAUUGGAAACUGGAGAUUUCAACAAAAAUUAGCUCAUUGUGGUUAUCCAGAACCAGGGACCCUGGAUGAAGUAAAAAAACAUUGCGAAUCCCUAGCUGAGCUGGAAUGGCGUGGUUAUACGCAUACAACCCAGGUGGAGAAUCUUUUCCUGCAAGUUUUGCAGAACAAUCCUAUGGAGCUGAAUCGCAUGACAGAGCUGAAAAAUGCAUACAAAAACCUGUUGACACAGCUUAUUCAAGGCGCGUUUGUCAUUGAAAAACAGCCCCCCCAGGUUUUGAAAACGCAAACGAAAUUCACCUCAACUGUCAGACAUCUCAUUGGUAGCAAACUGAAUAUGCAGAUGAGUAAGCCGGAAGUGACUGCCACAAUCAUAACGGAGAGGCAAGCAGAGGAGUUGCAUCGGACUGGUACAUGGAAAUCUCAGGGCCAGGAUGAAAUUUUGAACAACAAAAAGGUGAUGGAAUAUAUUCAAGAGAAGGAUUCCGUCGUUGCCGAAUUUAAAAACAUGUCUUUGAAGAAAGUUAAUCGGCAGGGCAAGAAAAACACAGAGCGUGUCAUGGAUGAGAAAUCCACGCUUGUUUUUCAAGCUCAACUGCAUAUAGGCGGUGAAAAGUUCCCAGUUAUGCAACUGUCGUUACCAGUCUCCGUCAUUGUCCACGGAAAUCAACAGCCCGAGGCUGAAGGAACGAUAUUCUGGGAUAAUGCCUUCUCAGUGAUUGAGCGCGUUCCCUUUGAAGUUUGUGAAGUCGUGACUUGGGCACAGUUUACAAUGGCAUUAAAUAUGCGAUGGUCUUUGGCAAACGGUCAUCCUUUGAAUGAUAAUCAUCUUGACUACCUUGCUUCGAAGUUAUAUGGAGAAAAACCUAUGAUGGAAGGUUACACUAACCAUCAGUUGAAGAAGGAACAUUUUAACAAGGAUAAUCUUCCAGACAGACAGUUCACAUUCUGGGUCUGGUUCUAUUCCGUUUUGGACCUUGUAAAGAAAAACUUUCAACAGGAAUGGCAGGAGAGUCUUAUCUUGGGAUUUAUUGCGAAAGACGAAGCCAGGGAAAUUUUGCUUCAAAAACCUGUUGGAACAUUUUUGCUGAGGUUCAGUGAUGGAAUUUUGGGUGGAAUCUCAGUUGCAUAUGUUCUUGUGAAUGAACAAGGCAACUUGGAUGUGUGGAAUAUUGAGCCAUGGAGCUAUAAAGAUCUUGGAAGACGGAAUCUUUCCGACAGAAUAAAAGAUCUCGAAGAACUUCAGUAUUUGUAUCCGGACGUGCCCAAAGAUGAUGCCUUUGGAAAAUUUUACUCCAAAAUCGAAGAAAGACCACACGACGGUCCGCUUGAUUACGUGAAAUCAAACUUGACAUGCAACGUUUCAAGAGCCAAACAAAAUAGAGGUGGUAUCGGUUCUCCGAUGGGAAUGCCCGGUAGUCCCGAGUCUUUUAUGGACCCAAGUUCUCCUUUAGCAAGCGAAAGCUUCCUGUCUGAUAGAUUGGCAGAGAGCACUGAAAACCCAUUAGAAACAAUAGAUUUGAAUUCGAUCGUGUUUCCAGACCUUUUAGACAUCGAAGCGAUCAUGGAUAUAAACCUAGAACAGAUCAUGGAAAAUUUGCAAGUGGCCAGCUAAUAUUUGUAAAACCUGAAGUACAUGCCUCGGCCCUCCGUCAUGGAGUCUUAAAUCAAGAAAGUAAUAAUGGUAUAUAUUCUCCCCAGGUGGGAUUGCAAUUGUAAUCUGUUUUCCAUAAAAGUAUCUCAGGAACUCCAAGUAAUGGAGAUAUAAUCUUAGCAGUCUAAUAAUACCCACAGCAGAGGCAUGCCUACUGCUAAUGUGUAACAUCAUCGUACAUAUACUUGGUGUUAAGUCGAUAUAUGCAGAAUACAUAUACACUUUCCGUCAUAUUUAUAACGAAGGUGCGUUGUGGUAUUUCUACGGCAUGUAAGAAUCCGACGCGUAAAACGUUUCAUCUGCAUCUUUGUCUUUUAGAGAAAGCCCGAAAGAUGUAAUUCUUAUAAUUGCAUUUUGAUGUUAUUUCAAAUCGCAAUUCCAUGUAUUUUCAGUAAUUAUAAUUCAUUUCAAGUAAUUAUAAAGCACGAGUCUAGGCUUCGCAAGUUUAAAUUGUGAGAGUUUACAAAGAGAAAUGAUACCUUGUGUAUAGGACUGUGUAUAUAUAAUAUAUAGUGACACCUUGUGUACUAUAUAUUAUAUAUGACACCUUGUGUAUAGGACUGUGUUAUAUAAUAUAUAGUUUCGUCAUUAAAUUAUUUAUUCUCUUUACCAUAUCUCAAAAGUUUAAACUUGCGUACAUCGUUGUUCAAAUUCUUUCAUUCAAAAUUUAUCAAAGCAAAACCAUAGAUUGAUCACAAUGACAUUCAGCCGCUUAUAAAAAGGAAUCCGAUGCGACUGGGUUCACUUGUUACAAUCCCGCCAUGCGAUGUGCUUCUGUUACUUAAUCAAUAUUUUAAACAAUGCAAGCUUGCCUGCUUUACCGGGUCCACUGGUAUAUAUCUAUGUUUUAGCUAUAGCUGAAUGAGCAAGAAAAAGUCUGACAUUUUAGUUUGAAUAAAGAACAAAUGUUUUUGCUAUUAGUUUUAAGAUGAGCGAUUGGUUUUAUUGUAAUAAAAUAAUAAUUAUGUUUAUAUUUUCAUACAUUCAUUAGGCAUGAAUUAGUUGAUUAAAAUGUAUAAUCAAA